CCCGAGCACAAGAUACGUUUUCCAAAGAGAGAUAGCAGGUCGGCUGACGUGUGGAGCCGACCAUGGCUUGGCCCACACAUCAGCCGCCGGACGAGGAAACCUUUGCGAUAGCAGGAGCAGUCCAGGACUCGUUUUUUUUCUUGCUAGAACCUUGCGAGUUCCGACUCCCUCACUCAUCUCCGUCCGUCCGCCGCACCGUCGCCGAGCGCCGCUCCGCGCCGGAGACGUCCUGUUUUUUUGCCGCCUACGAGCGCUGUCCCUCUUUUCUUUCCGCGGCUCUGCCCCAACUUCUGCAUCCGAAUCUCCCACGAAGUUGUCACGGCGAUGGCAGCGACCGGCGGCGUUUCAACUGACGAUAUCCCGAUCCUGCAGGCAGAGAACCUCACCAGCAACGUCAAGUCCGUCCACUACAGUCGAACAUUCUUGUCGAUCAUUGGUGGAGUUGUUGCUGGAAUCUGGGGAUUCACAGGCUUGACGGGAUUUGUCUUCUACUUUCUGAUAAUGAUGGUUGCAUCUAUCGGGCUCUUAGCAAAGUCAAAGUUUUCAGUGCAGACAUACUUCGAUAGUUGGACCAGGAUUUCAAUUGAAGGAGUUUUUGGUGGCCUUAUGUCAUUCGUGCUGUUCUGGACGUAUCCUUUUUCUUCGAUAAUUUAUAAACAGUCUUGUUCAUACUCUAUUUCUGUUCUUCAUGUGCUUGUGUAGAUAGGCUGAAUAUUGCAAAUAGUUGGGAUGGUAAACCAACAUGUUCAUACUCUACUGGUUGCAUAUUGGGUAACAUACUGUUGCCAUCUAUUUUGGUGGAAUAUAAAUGAACAAUAUUUUAGUCAAUCGGACAAAACAAUCCCUGAACCAGCGAAGCAGUUUAUUUUUCCUAAUCUAUAAACAUGUUUAUGCUUAUUUCCUAUCUAUGUUCAACUGGUUUAGUGUUGGUCCUUCUCUGCUCUUGUUCAUCCUUGA